AUUUAUCAGACGCGAUAAUUAAUGGAAGCUGCUAAUAGCAUGACUGUCUACGUCCCAACCUCGCUUGAAAUCGAGCCUGAAACAGAUAUGCAACAAGACAACUCUGAUAUGGACUUUGAUAGAAGCCAGAUCACAGUCCGUUGCUGUCUCUGUGGAACUAUCACACCCAGGACUGCAGAAAAUUCCAAUAAUAUAUGCGCAGAGUGCAUGAGAAUUAACUCUGACAUCACUGAAGGCAUCACUAAGCAGAUUAUUCUAUAUAGAUGCAGAACUUGUUUGAGGUAUAACGGCCCUCCAUGGAUCCACUAUGAAAGAGAAUCUCCUCAACUCCUCACGAUGCUUUUAAAGAAAGUCAAAGGUCUAAAGAGUGUUAAAUUGCUAGAUGCUAAUUUUGUCUACACAGAAGAACAUUCUAAAAGGAUUAAGAUCAGAAUAACUAUCCAAAAGGAAGUAGAUGGAGGGUCUGUCCUUCAAACCAACCUCAUUGUUGAAUAUGUGGAAAAUAAUCAGCAGUGCGAAGAAUGCCAAAAGUCUUUUACACCCCAUAUUUGGACUGCUGUUGUCCAAGUUCGUCAAAAGGUUGACCACAAAAGAACUUUCCUUUACCUUGAACAGCUCAUUUUAAAGAACAAGACACAUGACAAGUGCAUCAAGGUGUCAGAGAAAGAUGAUGGGUUGGAUUUCUAUUUCAAGAACAAAUCAGGAGCUAGUAGUUUGAAGAACUUUAUCACCUCCAAAAUCCCCAUAAAGUUUAAGGUUGCCAAAAAGUUAAUAUCCCACGAUGUGCACACUAGCAAUUACAACUACAAGUAUACAAUCUUGUGCGAUAUUGCUCCAAUCUGCAGAGACGAUCUUUGUGUCAUUCCUAAGAAGUUGUCAAAUUUACUUGGGGGAAUUGGACCAUUAGUACUUUGCUAUAAAGUCUCACAGCACAUUCAUAUUGUAGACGUGAUGACAAUGGAGACUCAGCAGAUAGACAGCACUCUGUACUACCAACAUGUGUUCCAAGGAUUCAUGUCAAAGAACCAGCUUACUGAAUUCAUCGUGAUAGACAUUGAUUCCCCAGAAUUUGAUCCAAAUGAAACCAAGGCUAUUAGAAGAGAAAACUUCAGAUGCGUCCAAGUUGAACUCAAGAGAGCAAGUGACUUAGACAACCCAGACAAAGGCAGCAAUGAUACUUACUUAGUCAACACUCAUCUUGGGGAAGUUCUCAAUUAUAACGAUUCAGUCUUGUGCUAUGACCUCGCAAAUGCUAACCUCGGUGAGAGCAUCGAGAAUGGAAAGAAGGAUGUCCCUGAUGUAGUCCCAGUCAAGAAAUACUACCCCAGGUUCAGAAGAAAGAACAGAAAGAGAUAUUGGAAGCUAGAUAGAAUUCCAAUGCAAGACGAGACUGGCUUAGAGGAAGAGGAUAUGGAAGAAGAAGCAAAAACAAAGACUAAGUCACGCAAGAAGUCCAAAAAGUCUAAAAAGAAGUCUAAACAAGAGACUGAUCGUGACCGUGAGUUUGAAGAAUUCCUCCAACAACUUGAGGAAGAUCCUGAGCUUCGUCAAAAUAUUAACCUUUACCCUGACAGAGGUAUCAUGUCAGAUCUAGAGUCAAAAUUCUCAAUGAUGAAUCUCGAAGAGAAGAAGAAAGAAAUUGCUGAUGCAAACAAGCUAAUCAAAAAGAAGAAAAUAGUAAAAGCAAAGCGUAAGACAGAAAAAGGAAAAGAGCUCCACAAGGAAGCCCAAAUCAACAAAGCAAAAGUGAAGAUGUACAUGAAAGCUAUCAAGGAGGACGAUGAAUCAGACUUAGAAGAAGAUUUCCCAGUUGUCCAAAUGACAGAGUUGCUGGAUAACUUAAAGCUCGAAGAUGAUUAA